GGUCGAGGGGCGCGGGGUUGGCGCUCUGUGGAGGAGCGGCUGGCGGGGCGCGGGAGCUGCGGCGCCGCUCACACUCAUGAGGAGCAGGAAGCUCACAGGUGGAGUGCGAUCUUCAGCGCGCCUACGAGCCCGAAGUUGCUCUGGAGCCAGCUUGGCCCCUGCCCAGGAUGUCACUGGCUCCACGUCUGCCAAAACAGCAUGUCUGACUUCCUCAUCCCACAAGGCUGCAGACAGGCGGACUUCCAAGAAGUUCAAGUGUGACAGAAGUCAUCUUUUGAAGGUUGAAUUACAGAAACUAGUCCCUAAAAGUGACAGUGCUUCUUUGCCAAAAGUGGCACCCAAGGUCCCUUGUGAAAAUGAGUUUGCAGAAGACAGUAUGUUGCUCCUAGGCCGUGAGGCUGGUGUUGCUACACAGCAGGAGGCUGCAGCGCCUCCCCACAGCCCUUGCAAAGCUGCCAGUGACCCUUGCUCAGCAAAGACUGAAGAUGGUCUGUCUACGCAGGAACCUAGCGCAGGGGCAGGGGGAGAGGAGUCAAAUGGUUGUUCUGUGGGGCAGGACCAGGUGGCGCUGGAAAGAGAGGAUGUGCGGAAGCCACUGUUUCAGAUGGACAACAGCGUCUUUCUAGACGAUGACAGCAACCAGCCCAUGCCAGUGAGCCGAUUUUUUGGAAAUGUUGAACUCAUGCAGGACCUGCCUCCAGCCUCUUCAGCUUGUCCUUCAAUGAGCAGACGAGAGUUCAGAAAAAUGCAUUUCAGAGCCAAAGACGAUGAGGAUGACGAUGAUGCAGAAAUGUAGAGAAGCACAGAAUGAUUUCUCGACACAUUCAGGAUAGUUAACAGUUUGACAGUUUAGCAAAUUAUGCAAUUUAUAUACAGUGCAUCUCCAAGAGAAUGUCUUAAUCAGAUUUCAUCCCUAAGAGAACUGUGCAGAACACCAGAUGCCUGUGGGAGGUGUCCGUGCAGCCCUGCAGCUGCUGCUUGGGUGCAGGCAUCUUUUGUCACAUUCGUAUGCUGUGGUGCUGGCGUGGGUUAGUCAUGAGGGCUCGGUGCUUCCGUGUUAAGUGAGUAUGAUCUUUGUAAGGAAACCUUCCCUUGAGCUCCUUAGUUUUAUGAUAUGCAAGUUUUUUUUUUUUUUUUUUCCAUUAUCAGAAUCUAAUCACUCCUGAUCAAUUCAGUGCCAGUGCUUGCAGGAUUGUCAUUGCAGUGUAGAGCUAGUGUUGUUGACCUUGAAAUUUUACAAAAUACACAUGGGAAAGAAAUAAAAAUAUAUUUUGAAAAUUUUUAAA